GAAAUCAGCUGUAAUUUGUUGUAAAUAGAAGUAAUCCUGAAUUCUAGUUUGUUGAAGAAUAUUACCAAAACUUUAAUAAUACCGAAACAAACAAAUUUCAUAAGAGUUGUUUACAUCGAGAAACACCGAAAUGUUGUUGGGUGCUCGCUAAAAAGUGUCCUUUUGUUUGAUGACUCUCCACCCACUGCAAUCUGAGUUUUUCCCACGGUAGCUACUAAAACACACUAGCUGCAAACGGACAUCCAAUGUCGCAAGAAUUCGGCGGCGUGCCAAUUGCCUUGCCCAGGUCACGCAGCAUAUAUGCCGUAUCCGUAGCUGUACUCUUGGCCUUCUUAUUAUUUUAUUACUACUAUGGAAGUCUUUUAACUGUCGUUUUACUUUUUACUAUUACGUCUUGUAAGUAUACAAACUGUAACUUAAAUUAAUCAAAUAAUUUAGAUAUCGCUUCCCAGUUGGUUUCUAUUACUUGCAAGACAUGCUCUUAUAUCAUCCUGAUCUGCCCGCAAAUUCUCGCAUUUAUGUACCUAUACCGAAAAUGCAUAAUCUGCCACAUGAGUCAGUCAGUAUCCACACACCAGAUAAAGUCACAUUGCACGCAUUUUGGGUGUCUCAGCCAAAGGAACGUUCAAAGGCGGUGCCAACAUUUGUUUAUUUUCAUGGAAAUGCUGGAAAUAUGGGUCAUCGUAUGCAAAAUGUUUGGGGGAUAUUUAAUCAUCUACACUGUAACAUAUUAAUGAUAGAUUAUCGUGGUUAUGGCUUUUCAACUGGGGUCCCCUCCGAAAAGGGACUAUCAACAGAUGCUCGCGCUGUAAUAGAUUACUUGUAUACACGCAACGAUUUAGAUCAGACAAAGAUAGUAUUAUUCGGUCGUUCAUUAGGUGGUGCUGUGGUCAUUGAUGUAGCCGCUGAUACGGUAUAUAGUCAAAAAAUUAUGUGUGCAAUUGUAGAAAACACAUUUACCAGCAUACCAGAAAUGGCCGUUGAGUUGGUUCAUCCAUCCGCCAAUCUAAUACCAAGAUGUUGCUUUAAAAAUAAAUAUUUAUCUUCAUGGAAAAUUGGAAAAUGUUCAGUACCAUUUUUAUUUAUAUCAGGUUUGGCAGACAACCUUGUACCUCCACGUAUGAUGCGCACUUUAUAUAUGAAGUGCGGAAGUGAACAAAAACGCAUACUCGAAUUCAUAGGAGGCGCUCACAAUGAUACCUGGAUAAUGGACGGCUACUAUCAGGGUAUUCAUCAAUUCCUAGUCGAAUGUCAAAGUAUUUCAACAGCGCCAUUGGAGAAACCACCUGAAAAAAGUAAUGUGUGGCAUGAAAUACAGGAUGUUUAGCCUCGUCAAUAUCUAAUGCGGUUAAGGGUUUUGGAUGUUUACUUAAUUAUAUCCUGAGUAUGAGAAAUGACACAUUUAAAUGCACUAUAACUU